CCCCCCACCCAGAACCCCCAAGGCCAAAACCCCACCAAAACGGCCCCCCCCAGACCCCCCAAAACCCCAGCACCCCACCAAAACCCCCCAGACCAAAACCCCCCCCCCCACCCAGACAAAAAGCCAAAAACACACAGCCAGAAACCCACCCCACGACCCCCCCCACACAGCACCAGGCACCAGCACCACCAGCACAGACAGCCCACAGGACCCCAGACCAGCCCAGAGCCACCACCCACACAACAGCACCCACCAGCACCAGCCACCACACAGCAGCACAGACAACCCACCCCCACGGAACCCGCCACCGAAAAGCAAGGACCCCCAAGCCCCCCACCCAGACCCCACCGGGGAACCCAGCCAGGCCCCCCCAGCAGCACGACACAGGGGAGCCCCCAAGGGGCCCCCCCCAACCCCCAGAACCAGCAGCCACCCAAAAGAACCAAACCCCCCCCCCCCAGGACAAUACAGACCCCCAGCCAGGCCACCCAGACCCAGCCCCCCCCCACCCCCGCAAAGCCAAACCCCCCCAAGCCCCAGCCCAAACCCACACCCCCAAAGAGCCAGCCCCGGCCAGGGGAGCAAAACCCCCCCCCCCCAGCAACCGGGAAAACCCCCCCCAAAGGGCCCAACCCAGGGGCCAGACGGGCCAAACCCACCCCAGGGCCCCCCACACCACAGGGGCCCCCCCCCCCCCCCCCACAAGAGGCCAGCCCCCCCAAAGCCCCCAGACCCCCCCCCACACCCCAGGGUCCACCCCCCACACACCCCCCCACAGCCCCAAAAACCAACCAAGGGCCCAGAAACCCCAGGGAAACAGAGCCCCCACCCCAGCAGCAAGCCCAAGCCCCCACCAGCAAACCCCCCCAGAAAACCCAAAAAACCAAGAAAAACCACCAGCCAAGACCCCAGACGGGGGCCCCCAAAAAGCGGGGCCAGAAAAACCCCCCCACGCCCCCAAGCAGUAACCCAGCACACCCCCCCAGCACAAAGGGGACCCAGGGCCGGGACCCACCCCCCCAGACCAGCCACAGCAGCCCCCACCCACCCAAACCCACCCAAACAAGGGCCCCCACACACCCCCCCAAAAAACCCCCAAAACCCCACCACAAAAACCCCCACCCCCAAGCCCCCCCGGGGACAGCAGACCCCGCAAACCCCCCCCCAGACGACGGGCAGACCCCAAGAGCGGCAGCCCAACAGGCCCCCCCCCACCCACCAGCCCCCCAGAAAAGAGCCCCAGCCAAAACCCAAGCCCCCCAAACGGGCCCAACCCACGGGACCCCCCCACCAAACCCCAAGCAGACCAAACCCGGGGCAGCCACCACAGCCCCCCCCCCCAGCCCCCAAACAAAGCCCAAAGCCCGGGCCCCCCACCCCCCAGCAGAAGCCCAACCCAAGACCCCCCCCAAAACAGCACCCACCCCCCCCCGGGGACCAGCCAAACAACAGGGGAAACACACAGCCACCAGACCACCCCCCCAAAAGACACCCCCACCCAAGAAGAGCAGCCCCCAGCAACCCCCAGCCCGGGGCCCCCAAGCCCCCCCGGGGCACCCCCCGACAAACCCAGCAGACCCCCCAAGCACCCCCAGCAGCCCAAGAAAAACCCCGCCCACCACAGCAACCCGGGGCCCCCCCCGGGGCCAGCCACCCCAACACAACCCCAAGGGGAAGCAGAGCAGAAACCCAGCCCAGCCCCCAGCAAACACCCCCCCCGGGGCCAGGGACAGCCCCCCAAAGGGGACAACCCCCCCAAAGCCCAGACCCAGCCCCCCCAACCCAACAAAACCCCCCCCCCCCCCAGCCCCAAGAAGGCCCCCCCCAAAACCAGCCCCCAAAUCAAAGGGCAGGACAGCCACAACCCACCCCAAAACCCCAAGAAAACACCAACCCCCAGACCAGAAAACCACCCACCAAGCCACCCCACCAAACCCCAAGGGCCCACCCCAACACCCCAGCACCAAACCCCCCGGGCAGACAGCAGGCACAACCCACCAGCCAACCAGCCAGAAACCAGCCCAACCCCAGACCCAGCCAAAAAACCCAAACCAGCCCCAAACCCACAGAAAAGCAGCCCCCCAGCCCCAGGCCCCCCAGCCCACCCCCAGCACCCCAGCAGAAACCAAAACACAACCAGGCAACCAGAGAGCCCAAAACCCCCCCAAAAAAGAACCCCCCAGAAGGGCCAACCCCCCACCCAAAGCCCCACCCCACCCCAGCAGGGGCACCCAAAACCCCCAGGCAGCACCCAGGCCCCCCAAAAAGGGCCCCAAACCCACAGGGAAACCCCCCUCAACCCCCCACCCACCCAAAGACCAGCCCCCCCCACCCCAACCCGGGACAACCCCCCAAGAAAAAGCACAGGCCCAACCCCCCAAAGACCCCCCCCAGAAAGGGCAGCACCCCCAGCCCCCCAGCCCGAAGAAAACCCAGCCCCCCAAAACCCUCCCCCCCCAAAACGGGGCACCCCCAGCCCCCAGGCAAGCCAGCAACCCCAAGACAGCCCCACACCAGACAGACCCCAACCACACCACCCCCGCAGAAAAAACCAAGCAGGACAGCCCACCAAGAAGACCCCCACAAAAGGCCCCAGAAAACCCCCAGGACACCCAGGGCCCAGAGAGCCCCCCCACACCCCCACCCCCCCCAAGCCAAGCCAGCCCACCAGCAGCACAGCAAGACAACAACCCCAGCACGGACCCAACAGGCAGACCAGCCCCAAAGCCAACCAGACUCAAGCAGCCCCAACCCAGCGGGCACCCAAGCCCCACAGCCAGCCACCAGAAAACCAGCCACAGCACAGGGCCCCCCCCCCCACCCAGAACACAGCAACCCCCAAAGGCAGGCAAACCAGACCAGAGCCCAGCACAGCCAGAAACAGCCACCCCACAGACCCCACCCAGACGCCACCAAGACAGAGACACCAACCCCCCACAGGACACAGCCCACCAAGCACACACCAGGCCACCCAAGCCAGACCCCAAACCAGCAGGCCACCCCACGCCACACCAGCACCCAGACCCCCAGCCCCCCACCAGCCCCACAGCCCCCACACCCACCUCCCCAGACAGGCCCAGCAGCCAGACACCAGACCACAGCCCCCCCCACGCAAGCCAGAGCAGCCAAGGGACACACCGCAGCCAGCACCCACCAAAGGGAACCAGCACAAAGACCACCCAGCCAGCCCCCAGCAACACACCCCCAGGCCCAGACCCCCAGCCACCAGGCAGCCAAAGAACACCCAAGCAAAACGGGAAGCAGACAGCAGACCCCAGCACAGCACACCCCAAACAGCGACCCACCCAACACCCCCACCAAAAGAGACCACCAGCCCCCCAAGCCAGAACAGCACACACCAGACCACAAGCAGAAACACCCCAGACACCCCCCACACAGCAGCACCCCAGCCCAAACCAGCCCCGCCCCGGGACACACCAGCCCACCAGACCCAGCCCCCACAGCCAGACACCCCACCCCAGCAACAGACCCCCAAGCCCAGACCCCACGCCCCCAGACCCCAAAGGACACACCCCAGCAGAGAAGCCCCCCCACCCCCCCCACCACACCCACAGCAUCCAGACCCACAGAACAAGCCACACCAGGACCAAGAAAACCGGGACCCCAGCAGCAGCACCAGGGGCACAGGCAGACCCAAGCCAAGGACAGACACAGACCAACCAACCAGCCCCACCAGGCCACCCCACAAGCACCAAGCAAGGGACCCAGCCCCCCCCCCAAACACACCAGACCACCCCCCCAACCAAGACCACCAGCACCCCCAGCCAACCCAGAGCCACAGAGACAGACAGACCACCCCACCAGAACACCGACAAAAGACAGCCAACAAGCCACCCCAGCACAGACCCAGAACCCCCAGCCCCAGGGCACAGCACAACAACAAGGAACGGGCACACCCACAGCAGCACCCACGCCAGAUCACCCCAACAGACCAGCCCCCCACGCCAGACACCAGCCCAAACAGCACCCCCAAAACCAGCCACACCCCAGAAACCCAGACAAGGCAACCACCAGGGCCCCACAGGACCCCCGGGACAGCACACAGCCCAAGAAAACCAAAAGGAGCUGACCCGACCACCCCCAGCCAACACCCACCCACAGAAGCCAACCCCCGCCAGACCCAGCCCACAGACAAAACCACCCCAAGACCAGCACCAUCCCAGCACCACAGCAGCCCCAGGCCCAGCCCCAGACAGCAGCCCCAAACAAGCCAGCACCAGGCCCACCCCCAGCCCCAGCAGACCCGCCCACGACAGCCACCCACAGGACCAGCCCAAGCCCCAAAGGCCAAACCCCCAAAACAGACACAGCCACCACCCAGCACCCCACCAGCAGACCACGCAGCACAGCGCCAGCCCCCACAGAGAAACCCAGCAAAAGCAGACCCAGACCCAAGAGACACCCAACCCACCCAGACCCCCAAGACAACAGCCAGGCCACACAGCCCCCACCAGCACCAGCCACCCAGCAGCAGCCCACCAGCACAGCCAAACAGCAACAAGGGCAGCCCACAGACCAGCCCAGACCCAACACAAGCACAGACAAGAGCCCCCAGAAGCCAGCCGCACCAGCAGACCAACCAGACCCCACACAGAACACCACCAGCCACGCCCCAGAACCCAGACACACCCCCCCAGCACCAACAGCAACACCACCCACAGCCAGCCCCCAAAACCAGCAGAAGCAGACAGACCAGCCCAGACCACACCAGCCAGCACCCAGACCCCACCCCCACACCAGCGGGAACAGCCAGCCCCAGAACCAGCAACCCCACAGCCAGCAGAAAACAGCCCCAGCCCAGACAGCCCCACCACACCAGCAAGCACCCGCCACAGCAGACCACCUCAAGACCACCACACCCAGAGCCCCAGCCCCCAGAAGCCACCCCAGGCACCAGACCCAGCACCCCCACACAGGCAGCAAGCACAACACCACAGCAGAACACCAGCCACACCAGACCACAGCACAGCACCCCAGGCCCAGACAGCACCAGCGACCCCGACAGCAGACACAGACCAGGCAGCAGACAACCCCAGCCCCAGCAGACAACCACAGCAAACCAGAGCACCAGCCAGACCAGACCACACCAGCAGCCCAGCAACCACACCCCAGCACCACAGACAGACCCCAGCCAAGCCACCAACCCGCCCCCCAGCCAGACGCAGACCCCAGAGCCCCACCCAGCCAGGAACAACCCACAACCCGGGCCAGAGGCCCCCAGCCACCAGCCCCAGCACCAGACCACCCCAGCCCCAAACCCCCCACCCCCACCCCAACCCCAACCCAGCACCCCCCAGCACAGCCACCGAGACCCCCCCCCAAACCCCCAGACCCCACCCACCACAAAGCACCCACAGACCCAGCCCCAACCCCCAGCCCACAAACGCCCACAGCAGCACCAGAACCCCAGGAAAGAACAACAGCCACCCCCAAAGCCAGGGGCCAAGAGACCCCCAGCCCACCCCCCCCCCACCCCAACCCCACAGCCCCAAAGGGCCCCAACCAACCACCACCAGCCAACCCCACCAGCCCAGGAACACCCCCAGACCCAGACCCACACAGACCAACGCCACCACCCCCACAACCACCCCCCCAGCCCCAACCCAGCCCCAGACCAACAGCCAGCAGAAGACCCCCAACAGCAAGCCCCCCAAACCCAGCACCACCAGACCCCCCAAAACCAGGGCAGCCCCACACCCCACACCAGCAGACCCCAGAGGGGCCAAAAGCACACCCCCCCAGCACAGCACAAGACGGGCCCACCCAAACCAAAGCCCAGAAAGCCCAGCCCAGAGCCCCCCCACCAGAAGCAACACCCCCAGCACAAGGCCACAGGGGAACCACCAGCCAGGACAGCACCCCCAGCACACCCCACCCAGACCAAGGCCACACCCCCCCCCAGAACCAGCCAACCAAGCAGGCACCCCACCCCACCCCAGCCAGACAACCCCCAGCCAAACCCCCCAAAAAAACCAGACACCAACCACCCCAGCCAAACCCCCACCCCCCACCCCAGAGCCCAGAAAAACCCAAAGCACAGCCACCACAACAAACCCCACCAGGCCACCAGACCCCCACGGGCCCCACCCCAGCCCACACCAGAAGAACCCGGGCCCCCCCCCCAAACCAGCCCACAGCAGAACCCCCGCAGCCAACCCCAAAGGGGCCCACAGAAGACCACCACACAACACCCCCAACCAGAGACCACCCAGACCCAGCAGAAGCACAGGCCCAGAC